CAGUCAUGUUCGUGUCGGUCGCACUCCCCGUCCUCCUCCUGGCUUCGGCCGCCGCCGCUGAGGCAUCCAUUGCCUCGAUGCACUCAGAGGGCAAGCUGACGUUCUGUGGCAAGCAGUCGUGUUUCGCGCCCAACAAGUGCCUGCCGUUUCUGGGGGUGGAGGUGUGCGUGCGGACGCCGUCGCCGACGUGCUCCAAGACGCUGUGCCCGGACGGCUACGAGUGCGCACUGCUGCAGGAUCUGUGCCGGUCACGACCCUGCUACCCCAAGCCGUACUGCGUCAAAAAGAACCCAUGCGGCGACUGUGCGGCACCGGACAUGUUCUGUCAGCUGCUUCCCAAGCCCGAGUGCAAGUUCGUAGUCGAGCCUACGUGCGAAAACAAGAUCUGCGAACUGGGUGAGAUCUGCCACGAGAUUCCGCUGGCGUGCAAGGCUCCGCCGUGCCGCGUGACGUUCAAAUGCGACGCGGCCUGGCCGCUGCUGUACAAGGGCUCUGGCAGCGGCGCCAGCAGCGGCUCAAGGAAGAGCAGCAGCAGCAGGAGCUACAGGAAGAAGAGCAAGAAGAGCAGGAAGGGAAAGGAGGAGGAAGAGGAGGAGGAGGAGGAAGAAGACCAGCAGGUGGCAGAGGAGGAAGCAGCUGAAGAGGAAGACCAGGUGGAAGAAGAGGAUCAGGAUCAGGACGUGCAAGCGGAAGAAGAAGAGCAAGUGAAUGAGGAAGAACAACCAGAAGAAGAUAAUCAGACAGAGGAGAAAAGUGCACAGGUAGAGGAAGAAAACCAAGCAGAAGAAGAGGAAGAAGAAGAGGAAGAAGAAGAAGAGGAAGAUGAGGAGGAGGAGGAGGAAGAGGAGGAAGACGAGGAAGAAGACUAAGUCAGGUGUUGUUCUGUUGUGCUUAUCAUAACUUGCGUUGUGUUUUAACAAUAUGCAGUGUAAUAUACAACACUGCGUUUCGGUUCUGGAAAGUGUGUCUGUAUGAGUAAGUGGAGAGUUGAGCUCUCUAUGAUAUGCGAUUAUGAUACGUGCUCUGCUGUGCCAAGUGUAACUGUAAUGUCUGAUCAGUCAGUGUCAUCAUCUGUGCCUGCAGGUGUUUGGUCUCCUCACCAGUACGUGCCGUGAUAAACUCAUAUUAGUCAGCACAUAUAUGGUGUUCACCAGUUUUACUGAGAAACACAAAAUCAAAUGUGUUUGAUGCAAGGGCUAAGCAAUUUCAAAGUAGAGCUGAGUGCUGAUCAAUAGGCAAAUUAAUUUCAAAUGACUUAUCAAGCAUUUUACCACACGGAAGAGGAUUUUCUUCUUUCAACGUAAUAAUACUCGCCAAAUGGUCACGUUGGUUUGCUUAGAACAUCAAUGUUUUAUAAAGGUGGCAUUUGAAAUCAGUUGAACGCUAUUUUUACAAAGGAUGCUAGUUCAAUAGAUUCUAACUUCUUUUCCAAAGCAAUCCAAAAAAUCAAAUUGUUUUGUUUCGAAGUUUCGUCAUGCUUGGUGUCUUCGUUUUCGCGACCAUUAAGAUUGAUAUCCCAACGAAGGAAAACGACUCUCUAAGAAUACCUCUUGAAUGACUAUGACAAAACUUGUAGUGGGUCUUAUGCAACAAUUAACGAUGGGAAUGACUAAAAACUGCUCAGUUUUUAGCAGUCUUCAACAUUCAGCAGUCUUUUAAGCGGGUUCGGUUGAGGAGCAUA